AUGAAAAUACUAGCAAAGCGAAAAUCUAGGAUUCUCGAUUUCGCGUUGGUAGCUCUCAGUGCUUCUCGGACGCAUGCAUUCUUGAAUCGUGUGGGCAGGCGCCGAGAACAGGCAAAUACCAGAGGCCACUCGUCUCGGCAUCGACAAAACCAGUUCUCCCGGCAUCAGUGUAUGCUGUUUGAUUUAACGAAUCGGCACGACGCGUCAUUAGACAAUGAAGGAGGUCAAAACGUGACGAAAGAAGUUGGACGAACAGUUCCGUUCGUGGGUAGGCAGAAAACGGAAGACGCUGACCACCGCGCUUUGCCCAAUAAAGAUGCUGUUGCAGACGCGGGUAUAGAAGUUCCAAGCGUCAGGACGAUCCUAUCUUUUGCGGUUCCGGCCAUUGGUGUCUGGUUGUGCUCACCUCUAUUGUCUAUGAUUGACACCAGCACCGUAGGCCUCUUUGCUGGCACCGUGCAGCAAGCCGCGUUGAACCCUGCCGUAGCUGUAACUGACUAUUCAGCCCGAACAAUGGAAAGAGACCGAUGUUUCAAUGGGAGGCCGACAACAGCCAGAGCGUUUCUUGGUGCCUUGCAUUUAUCGCUAUGGACGGGAGCAGCAUUGGGAGUAGCUGUGAUUGCAUUUGCACGGCCUAUGCUGCGAGGUAUCAUUGGCAACGAUGUGAUGGAUCCUGCUAUAUUUAGUGCUUCGAUGAAGUAUGUGCGGAUUCGUGCACUCGGAAUGCCAGCUGCAGCCCUGAUUGGUACUGCACAAGCUGCUUGUUUGGGUAUGAAAGAUGUGAAAAGCCCUCUGAAUGUUAUUUUAGUGGCAUCUGUUGUAAACCUUGUGCUUGAUUUGUGUUUGGUCGGUUUGCCUCAACCGUGGAUCGGCGGCGCGGCCGGAGCUGCGUGGGCAACACUGGUCGCGCAAUGGACCGCAGCGGGCUUAUUUUUGCAAUGGCUUGGCAGAAAGCCUGCAAGAGAUGUAGCAAAAAUGGAUUUUGAAGAGUCUUUGAAAGCUUCUAAGAGGCAACUUCAGCAUCCUAACUCGUUUUCAACUCGUGGAUUUUUGUCGGGCCGGAUCAAUCGAAGCGCUUUUUGGAAACAACCCGAAUCUGAUGUAAAAAAAGGCUUCCAGCCUUACGUUGUUCCUGUAACAACAACGCAGGUUGGCCGGUGCUCCACAUAUGUGGCUAUGGGGCACGUUGUGUCCUCCUCGCUUGGCAUUGUCCCCAUGGCCGCAAACCAAAUUGUUACGUCUAUCUUCUACACACUCAUCCCUGUUGCCGAUUCCUUGAGUUUAACAGCACAAACGUUUCUGCCGCGUAUCUCAACUCAACCCGACGGGCCAAUGAAGGCUGGUGCCCUGCAGCAAACAAUCCUCAAUCUCUCGAAGGUGGCCGGUAUAUGCGGAUUGUUUCUUGCCGCAGUUGUCGCUUGUAUUCCCGCUGGGUUGACCUUGUUUACUGCUGACGAGGCUGUUGUAAGUCUCGUCCAAGAGUUGGUUCCUAUCUUGGUGGUCAUUUUUUCGCUGCAUGGCGUCUUUUGCGGUGCGGAAGGCGUGCUGUUGGGGCAGAGGGAUUUGGGCUUUUUGGGGUGCAUGUACGCUUUGUUUUUCGUGGUCGUUCCGACCCUCAUGCUACGCGUAAAAGCAGCAGCAUUACGUGGCGCUCCCGUCGGAUUGGCUUCCGUCUGGAAUUUGUUUCUUGCCUACCAACUGUUCCGCAUUGCGACGUGGGUCAGUCGGGUUGCUUGGCUGCAAAGGCAAACGAAUCGGCGAGGAAAAGAAGCCCAGACUUCAGGUCGACUGUGA